AUGUCUAACAGUGAGCACAGCUGGAAGCAUGCCGUUGCUGGGUGCACCGCUGGCUUGGUUUCAGUCCUAGCCCUGCAUCCGUUGGACGUCGUCAAGACUCGUCUCCAAGUCCAAGACGGUGUGGCCGGAGUCCUUCCAGUGUACUAUGGGACUCGAGAUGCACUUUUCAGGAUUGUUCAGGACGAGGGUUGGCGAGCGCUUUAUGCUGGCAUAUCGCCAGCCCUUCUGGGCGCAGGGCUGUCAUGGGGCAUUUACUUCACAGCAUAUAACAAUGCAAAGAUGAGGUGGCAGGGUUUGAGGAAUGAAGCCUCCUUGUCAGCGCCACUGCACCUCCUGUCUGCUGCUGAGGCCGGUUGCAUUGUCUGCCUGCUGACGAAUCCAAUCUGGGUCAUCAAAACGCGCCUCCAGCUGCAAAGGCGAGCAGCCAGGCUCUCGAAUCCAUACAGAGGCUUUGGGCAUGCAGUCAGACAAAUAGCCAAAGAGGAGGGGUUCGCAGGGUUCUACAGGGGUCUCCUCCCAUCCCUGCUGUUGGUGUCGCAUGGCGCAAUACAGUUUAUGGUGUAUGAGGAGCUCAAGAAGGCGGCAUCAGGGCCGCUCAUGCGAGACAAUGACAGCAAACAGCCCCUCAAUUCCCUCGAAAUCUCUGUCAUCGGAGCAGUGUCCAAGCUUGCAGCUUCCAUCGUGACCUACCCAUCACAGGUUGUGCGUGCUCGGAUUCAGCAGCGUCAGGACCAGUUCAGGGGCGUGCGCUAUGACAGUGGCUUGCGCACUUUACAGGUGACUAUGCGCAGAGAAGGCGUCAGGGGCCUCUACAAGGGCCUGCUGCCCAAUGUGCUGCGAGUCAUGCCGCAGUCAGCCAUCACUUUCCUCAUCUAUGAGAAGGUCAUGCAGCUGCUUGAUAACCAAAUCCAGUGGCCUGCCUAG